GCAAGAUAGUGUCCCCCUCGAGAAGGGCGCCCCCAGGCCGCAGGCCUCAUGGUCGCAUCGUCCGAUGACCCCGGAGAAUGCACGCCCGCCCGCCUGCGUGUCCGCGCUUGCGCACACAUUCGGACAGCGAACAUCAGCUUCGAAGCUCGUUUGUCUGCGCCCGCGGCGUACCGGUGCAAGUGCGCGUUUGGGAGCCGCGCCAGGCGUGUUCCUGACGCGCGGACCGGGAUGCGCCCGUUGCUUCUCCCGAGUGAUUCGCAGAUAUGUUUUGUAGGUGCAAGCGCGGGAAGGGAGGUCACAUUUGCGCAGACGGCUGAUGUGGGCCACUAUUUCACAGGUAGGGGGACGGGAAGGAUGGUGUUCAUAAACGCACGGAACGCUGAAGGUGGACGCAGUCGUCGUGCCAAUUGACGUCCUCCAAGAUUGGCGACGCUUCAGCUCGGUGCUCAUUGUUCGCGUGGUCACCACGAGGGCUAGAAGGGGCUCACGAAGCUCAUUCACCAGUCAUCUUUCGCUGUAAACCAUCGCUCAACACAUCCAUCCAAUGGAGAUCCUCAAAGCCGCCAUAUUGCUGGUCUCCGGAACACUCUUCUCGUUUGCCAUUACGCCACCAACGCCCCCUGCCUCGCAGGCCAAGGGCAUCUACAAAGGGCAGCCGUUCGAAUACAUUGUGCGCUAUCUCGCCUGGCUCGGAUGCAUUUUAGUAGCUGCGUCGUCUGCGGCGCACGCUACCCUUCUCCUCCUCGACCCCCCAUCCCCCUCCACCGCCCCACUUGUGCCAUACCUCUGUCCCUCCGCCCCCACCUCACUCGCCCCACUCACCCACUACCCGCCGCGCUUCCUCCUCGGGCUCGCCCUCCUCCUCUCCGGGGGCCUCUUCCGGCUCUGGUCCUACCACGCGCUCGGCGACCUCUUCACCUUCGAGGUCGCCGUCACCGAGACGCACCGCCUCGUCACGCACGGGCCGUACGCAUACCUGCGCCACCCGUCCUACACCGGGCUGACGCUGCUCCUCCUUGGGGCGCAGCUGAUGCAGUUCGGGGACGGGGGCUACGUGACGGAGUGCGGGAUCGCGCGCACGCCGCUGGGCGUGUUCGUGGGCGUGUGGCGCUGGGGCUCGCUGUUCGGGCUGCUGUCGCUGUACAGACGGUGCAAUGUGGAGGACGCGCGGUUGAGGGAGCGCUUUGGCGCCGCGUGGGACGAGUGGGCGGCGGGGGUGAGGUACAGACUGCUCCCGGGCGUGUUCUGAGCAGCGAGAAGCGUCGUUCGGCGUCCGGGAAGAUGGUGCCGAAGUUUAGAAGGACGGCGAUAUCUAUUACUUAGGGGUCUCUGGUUUGGGGUGUACAACAAGCUACUGCUGCAGGGGAAUACACGUAGAUGGCAUGGGUAUUGCUCGAGGCGCGAAUAAAAAGCUACACAGAUCCUAAGAUGGAGCAGGGCAUGGCCUCCUCAUGGCCCGCUCGCCCGAAGAGGUUGCUCGGUGUCUUGAGAGGGCUGGGCGGCGGCGGCGGCCAUAGCGGCGCUCGUUCGAAUGCGUUUCGUCGCGAACGCGGAAGAUCUCCCCGGCAUCCGGCAUCGAGUUCGACGACGUUCUAUUCCGGAGCGAUUCAGGUCGGCGCAGGG